AUGGAUCUCGAGCCACCCUUACACCACGAUCCUCUCGCCGCCAGUGACCAUCCACCAAAACCACCAUCUUCACCGCAAGAAGAUGCUUAUAGUCCACCGACAAUCGAUCAGUCGCACGAUGUUGCCCUGGUAUUGACAGCACUCGAUCAAUCCUACAAUUGCCAUGGGAUCUGUGAUACAAAGAUCCUGCUGUGGGGUUCCCCAGGCUGUGGCAAGCGUCGUAUUGCUACUGUGGCUGCUCUGGAGUUUUCCGCCAGGACGGGCUGCAAAAUCCUAUGGAUAGAUGGACGCGCUUUCGAGUAUUUCAUCCGCGACUAUAGAGCGGCGUACACCACCAUUACUGGACAGCAUCUUCCACAAGCUCUGACUUUGACCCAUACUCUCCUGAAGAUUAGAUCCACACUGGAAGCUCACCGGGAUGAGCUUCUUAUUGUCGUCUUCGACCUCCAGUCCUACUUGGAAGAGGAUAUGGAAAAUGAACUAAAGAUCAAUGACCUCUUUCUGCCAGACCGCUGUCGCCUACUCUUUACGUCUUCGUAUGUCCUUCCAAGAGCGACCACCAGCCACGAACAUGGACCGUCCAUGGAAUGCGGAUUGAAGCUCGCCAAUCGGGCGACAUGUCUGCAUGUCGGCACGCUCAACGAGGAACAAGCCGUACAGUAUUUCAGAGCCGCAGUACCGAACAGCAUCGAUGCGGUCGACUCUCUCCGUGCUUUCUGGCACUCCCACAAAGACCCGUGGUGUACUGCUCCACUUUGCCUUGCGCUUUCUUGUGGUUGUAUGCGCUUGUUGCAGAUAUCCCCUGGUAAUUUUCAACAACUAUGCGCAUAUAAGGCAAGGGAAGGCUGUACUCCCACGUUUCCUGGCGCCGGUUCAAUUCUGGCAAACAUCAUGUCUACUUUAUGGGACGCUUUGGAUGACUACGAUAUUGCCGCAAGGCAGUUGCUAGCAAUCUGCUCAGUCGUCGAUCGAGAGGGUAUUCCUGUUGUUAUUGUUGAAAAGUUCCCAAUGUUUCAGAACAGUAAAGGACGGCUUCACUCAGCCAUGGACUUACUCCGUCUGAGUGGGUUAGUUGAGAUCGACCAGGGAACUGAGCUUGCUACUAUCAGCCUUCACCCUCAGGUGCACCGUUGGUUGCAACUAAAACGCCGAAAAAUCGAGGACAAGCAGGAGUUGACAUAUCUCGUCCACACUUGGACCUCUGUGCUCAGCGAAUACCUCACCAAACCAGAGCAUGAGCUGCAGGAGAAUGGUCCCAUCUUCGAUCCCGAUAAAUUCUGGCGGAUGCUCGCUCACAUAAUGGCGCUUUGUAAUCUCAAACCAGGGCAACUUCGACAGUUUUGCAGCCUGCGGUACAUGACGUUUCUUAAGCACGUUGCGAUAUUCCUUGUCAACGACGGUAUCUUCCCAGGCUUGGCUGGUGUGACCAUCACUCAUGCUCUCAACAUGUGCACCCAUCAACAAAGUCGCCACCGUCGUAAUGUAACACUUUACCGUGAUCAAGCUGUGAGUGAAUUGCGGGAGGCGAAGCGAGUUGUUGGUCGUCAUCUACCAGACGAUGCCAGCAGCAGACGGAUCUUGCACGAGAUUGAGGAUGCAGAAGCACACCUUAGUGUUGUUCAGAUGAAUUGGCCUGAAGCCGGCCGGAUUCUCACCCAACUGCUGGCCACGCCGGAACUGAACAAUGCUUCAUACGACCUCGCUCAGCGACACCAUUGGAUGGCGCGAUAUAAGGCAGGCAUAGGCGGAGAUAUCGGCUCCUUGGAACAUUCGCACAUGACCAUGUCAUACUGGAGAGAGCUACCGUACGACGAACAGUGGGGCUAUAAAGACAUGACGAUCCUGUAUUGGGUAGAAAAACACAUGCUGGAUCUAAUGACCAUGAAAAAGUACAAAGGUGCCCUCCUCUUCGGUACACGACUACUCGAGAGAGCGUACGACCUGACGCCGGUUCUCGGAGGCUCCGUCUGCCGCCUAACUUACCGAAUCGUAUAUUGCCAGUGCAUGCUAGACAUGGCUGACGAUGCCGAAAGAGCAGUGUGUCGACUUCUUGAACUGCCUUCCCACGACACAUAUGGAGAUGACACCAAUGGUGCUUAUCUGCUCUAUACGUUGUAUGAGCUUGCGGUAGUGCUGCAGCGCAGUGGGAGGGCCGUGGAGGCCGAAGGUUUGUACAGAUUCAACAUACAGACGUCGAAGCUCUACGACAUCAAAGAUCUGGGCGGCACCGAAAAGUAUGACAGUUGGCGUGAUCAUGUUCAAUUGAUCAUGUGUCUCAUCGAGCAGGGGAAAGUGUUGGAAGCCCUAAAACUCAAGGAGGAAUAUGAGCAUGAGAAUCCGGGCAGAGAGUUUUCAAAUUCCGUCAUCCAGAACAGCUGGGCCGCUUAUCGUCAAUCGAAAGAGUUAUACACCAGGGCGGUCGAAGCCGAAAAGGCCGGGACUUCUCUGGAAUUCAAGGCAUCUCUUGAUUUGGCCGAGCGUCGGCCAGCAUUAAAACGGGCCGUGAGAUGGUUUGGAAGCCCGAAGCAUCGGGUUGAGGGGGGCAAGGACUUUGAGAGCGACAUCGAUUUGCACGACAUCGGACGGGCGCGAGAAAGUCGUCUCCUCCAGCUCCUUGACUUCCCUCUCGUCUAUCUAGCUUUCCGUCGAUCCAGGGCUUCUGUCGACAAUACUAACAAUGAGUUUCUGUGGGCGAAUGUUCGACAAAGCGUUCUCGGGCAGUAUUGGAAAUAUUGUGAUUGCAAGAGGAAGAGACGACGCAGUCAAAGUGUUCAGGGGUUAGACGGUUUCGUGGCCAAGCUAAAAUGCGACAAUGAAGACUCCAAAACGAGGAAGCUGAAACAAAAACUCAUCACCGACUGGGUUAUAAGGACGCCAGGCGAGAGCAAGCCUAUUUCAGUAGGUUGUGGACCCAGUUGUCCGUGCAUCGAAGCCAACAAAAGAGGUCUCCUCGAGACUUCUGCUCUGGAAUCAAAGCUUUACUUGUGGGAGGAGCCGACCCCCAAAAAGCGCUCGUUCAAGGAUCGACCCAGAUACCGGAACAGGAAACCAAACCGAUCACCGGUUUCAGAAGACGAAUUGUUCAUUCUCAUCCCACCGAAUACUUUGUUGUGGAUCCAGUCCGAGUUUGCGAAUGGGGAGUCUGAAGGAGAGAAUUAUAUCAUUCCACGAGCAACUGAGAUUCCGGGAAUAGCCAUCACUCCACCUGAAGGAGAGAUAGAUCUCAUGUCGCUUCCCACAUCUACCCAAGAGAGAGUGACAAAAUAUUACCAGAGGGACUAUACGGCAGACUUUGCUUCCAUAUUGGAGAAGCAAGAGACCGAGUGGUUCAGCCCGACACGGUUGGAUGACAUCUUAGAGGACGACGAAGACGAAGGAGAUACACCGUGA